UCUUCACAAAGACAGCAAGAGAGAAGGCUUCCACCCGAGACACAACCGCUGCGCAAUAAAACAGAAAACCAAUACAUACGCACAUACCGUACAUACCAUGGCAUCUAUCACUUGGACGGCUGUUUUUGGGUUGCUCAUCGUUGAGCUCGUGAUUACUUUUAUCCUGGUAGUUCCAGUUCCACGCCGCAUUCGGAAUGCGAUUGCACGAGCCAUUUCUCGAUUGCGACUGGGCGGAGAUACGGUUACCAAGGCAUUGCUAUUCGUCGGAUUGGCCCUGACAUUUGGUUUGGUGGAAUCCUAUUGGAGCGUCCAACGAUUGUUGGAGAAAUUGGCGACAUUGGAAGAACAAGAUAUGGUGUCCGGGUUGGGCGGCACGCCGGUGCACGGCCAUGGACACCACGCCAUUCAUCACGACAAACAACGUCUCUACAAGGCAGAGCGAAACACGUAUCUGGCGGGGUUCGCAUUGACGCUGCUCUUUGUCAUUGGACGAAUUUUGCAACUCAUGCAGGAAUCGGUCGAAUUGGAAGACGAACUCGAAUUGGCACGAAAACCAUUGCGGGCACCCGACAAAGAUGCAACGGCUACCGUGGGAACGGAAGGAGUGGAAAUGACAAAAGUCAAGAAGCAACCACAAGACAAAAAGAAAGAUUAGAAAAUCAGAGAGAAAUGGCUGGUAUAUAUUUAUCCGACAAUUUUUACUCCACAACCAGCCAUGCCUGCGACCUCCUAUUGCGUCCCUGCGACCUCCUAUUGCGUCUUUGCUUGAACCAAAUCGACAUUACACACUCGGUCAGUUGUCUUGAGGUUUUCUUUUAUCAUUAUAUCGUUUAAAAAUCUAUAGCUCAGAGUAUGGCGAUC